AUGUCAUUCUACACUUCCGCUCCAGCUAGUAUUUCAAAACCUGUUCAGUCAGAACUCGCAGUGCAAAGACAAUUAUUAGACAUAAUUAGUCUUCCCAAAACAUGUCUAAUGACUUUCGAUGGAAAUACCAUGGAUUAUUGGGUGUUGAUGAACGCUUAUGAUAGUGCAGUUGGACGGUCCUCGGCGAGUGAUGGUGUGAAAUUAAACAGAUUGUUACAAUACUGUACUGGCAAGGCUGCUCAGGUUGUUAAACCGUGCGGUAAAAUGAAUGCUACAGAAGAAUAUGCGCGUGCCAGAGCGUUAUUAAAAGAACGGUUCGGAAAUAAUUAUAUGAUCUCUGAGGCAGAAGUGAAGAGGCUCACCGAUGGUCAACCCAUAAAGUCGAAUGAUGGUCAAGCUUUGCGUGGUUAA